CGCAUCAAGGAUGCCUGCUACUGGGAGUGCGUCAAGCUACGUUGCAAAUACAUCAAGUGUACAGCGCGUGUGAUGGCGAUGGCGAUGGCGUCUACCAGCUGGUGACCAAUCGGCGCGGUGGCCAGAACCUCAUAUACAAUGGUCACAUGUACUCAGUGGAGCGAAAGUACCAUGCCAGCAUCAAUUGGGUGUGUACCAAGAACAGCAAUCUCUUGAUCCGCUGCCCCGCGCGCUGCGUGACCAACACCAACGACAACAGCAUCAAGCUAAGUCACAGAUCCCACAACCACGCCGCCAAUCUGUUCAAGGUUCACAAACCACGGCAGUUCACUCGCCAGCGCCGACGGCACAGGCGGAGUGUCCCCUAGUCUUAAUUCUUAAUCUAAGUCUCGCUCAUUAAGCUGUAAUUUAUGUAUAAUCUAAACCAUUCUCUGACACAUCACUAACCCAGACCGUCUCUAACUCUACUUGCAUGCAGCCGCUCCGCGCCGUCGCCUGCCGCAGUACUGCAGCCGCUGGGCCGCCGGCCGUUUUACACUCAUCGA